AUGGAUUUUAAAAAGCUAUGGACAUCUGGGAAAGAAUCAGAUAGGUUAAUCGUUGUAGAAAUGCCAACUUCAAUUAAAAAAUACUCUCAUUUUAGGGGUUUAGGAGACAUGCUUGCAAAUGAAAUUUAUGUGAAUAAAAAAUAUCACAAACUGUGUCUUUAUAGUUAUUUAAAUAACCACAAUUUUGUUAAUUUAAAUGUUUCAAAUGAAGUUUUUGUAAUAUUUUCAUUUUGGGAAUUUGUUCUAACUUAUGGAGAAAACAAAUGGAAAAAAAUUAUUCAUGAACUUACUCAAAAAAAUUAUGUCAUAAUUUUCUCACAGCCGACUGUUGAUAGAAACACAUCACCACUUUCAAUUCUACAAUAUAAUUCUCAGAAUUAUGAAGUUAAAAAACUUAAAUAUAUAGCAGAUCAAUAUUGGACUACGAUUGGUGAAACUGAUGACGAUAUUUAUCACUUUGAAAGAACUCAUUACACAUGUAAAAAAUUUUUCCGUAAGGAUUAUGUAACUAUUAAAAAUAUUGAUGGAACAAAAUCAUUUUUCUUUUCAAAAGAACAUCCUUUAGGAUUAGAUAAAAAGACAAAGAUUGACGAAAAAGGAAUGAAUCCAGAAAAACCAAAAAAUGACACACGCUUUGAUCAAAAUCAAGGAAGUCAAGAUGAAAAAUCACUACCAUUUUUAACUCAGCAAAAUGAAUUUGGAGGAUUAGUAGAAAUGGGGUCAAGUACAGUUCGUGCAGGGGGAAGAAUUAUUUUUCAAGAAGAUGAAUACAUGGAUGAUGAAGACGAUGACUUAGAUAUUUAA